AUGGCUUCCAUCAUUGACGACUAUCACCCCGACGGCCCGCUCGGCAACUUCUGCCUCCUCCCCUUCGUCGACGAGGCGGAGGCGAACCUCCCUCCCGCCACCCACAUCCCAAGGCACGACAAGAAGCGCAAGGCCAGGAGACGCACCCAUCCCGAGGGGCGGGAGUCCAAGCGCCGUGGACGUGAAGCAGCCAGCCAGUCCUCCGUGCCCGACGCACCUGACGCCAGCAUGACCAGCCACCAAGACGAUGCUGAUCGCGUUCUGGUCGCCGAGAAUGACCGUCUGAACGGGCUGAUCGCCAGGCUCCAGGGUCAGCUCACGGGAUACGAGCAGCGUCAGAAGAAGAACAUGGCCCGCAUUCGCAGCCUCGAGAAGGCUCUGCAGGUGCAAGAAGCCAUCUCCCACAGGCAUGCCCAGGAGCUUGUGCGUCGAGACGGCAAGGAGAGGAUGGUCUCCGAUCACAAAGGUGCCAGUGAACAAGAGCAGGUGAGCAAGGCCCAGCUGCAGCACGGCUGCAUCCGUCAGAUGCAGCGUCCCCGGCCCUACGACGGGCACGUCAAAGAUGAGAAGGUCACGCCUCACUUGACCACGCCCCACUCCGACCAAGACACUGUCAAGACAGAGCCAGGCACCGAUUCCCCCUCGCCCUCCGACUUCGAUCUGGCCCGCCUCAGCAUCCACGACAAGCACCCCGCCCUCGAAGUGAUGGAACGCACCCGCCUCUCCCUCGCCACAUGCAUUCAGGACAUGAGCGCUCUUCCGGGCCAGCGCCUGACGCACGGUGACCGCGACUACAGGGCGCUCUGCGCCGUUCACUACGACGUCACUUUGCAGAUUCGCCAGCUCGAGAGGUUGUGUGCCAAGGCGACGCCUUGA